GGGAAUGACGCAACUUCCGCAGGAAGUCCGUCCCCUAUUCCAGUGAGGUCACGGCUGUGUUUUUGUGUGAGUUUACGGUGGAGAGAGCGAACCGAGUGCGAUACCAAUAGCGGUCCCGAGAGCAGCAGCAGCAGCGUUCAGGCCGAAGCGACAUGUCUGACCAGGAAACUAAACCAUCCAGUCACGAUUCAGCAGACAAGAAGGAUGGCGAGUACAUUAAGUUGAAAGUCAUCGGACAGGACAACAGCGAGAUCCAUUUCAAAGUGAAGAUGACAACACAUUUAAAGAAGCUCAAAGAGUCCUACUGCCAGAGACAGGGUGUGCCCAUGAACUCUCUUAGGUUUCUCUUUGAAGGACAGAGAAUCGCUGACAAUCAGACUCCUAAAGAGCUGGGGAUGGAGGAUGAAGACGUCAUUGAGGUGUACCAGGAACAGACGGGAGGCUGUGUGGACAUUUAGACUUUUAUUGUUUUUGGUUUUCUUGCCUUUUUUAUUUUUUUAAUUUUUUUUGUUUUUUUUCGGUUUUCUUAGAAAUAAGCCUGAGCCACCCGGUUUAGAGGAGCUCCUUUUAGUUAGAUGACUCCCUGUACCCCCCCCAACCCUUCCCCAACUUUUGGGGACGACUGGGAAUAGCGCAAGGCAUGGUGGGUUGGGGGGGUGGGAGAUGGGGUGUUAAAGGAAUGGACGGAUCAGCCCACUUGUAUUUUUACGUGACUUGGACAUUGAGCCCUGCCCCUCUAAUACAUGCGCGCACACACACACCUACAUACACACGUGCUCCCUCGCAUCUGUGCCCCGGACACACUGCACUUUUUCCCAUAAUUGUUUAAAAUACAUCGGCAUGUCCUUUUACUUCUCCCUUUAUCCCCUCGCUGCAGGCCACUGGUAAUAGUGACAAGAGGUCACAUGGGCAGUGAGGAGAUGCCGUCCCCAUAGUUGUGAUCUCCAGCCACUUCACAGAUUUCUCGCAUGUCGCUGCCUCCAAAGGUUCUGUUCUACCAGGGCUUCGUUGCUGUGCUUUGAUGGGAACAGACCACGUGACACCCACCCAUAAAGUACUAGGCAGUGGAAUGGUGGCGGACCAAAGUUGCCAGGAGACCUCCCAUGGACGCUAAUGCGAGGCUGGGGGCUCCUUUGAGGUGUAGCGCUGAGCCAGUUCAGCCUUGGAGCCUCUCUGUGGGUUUUUGGGUUUUUUUUUUUUCCUUUGCGCCCCUA